UCAUUACCCGUUGCUGCCUCCAUGCAGCUGCGUGUUUCUGUCUCUGGGCUCCAUUGAAAAUGGCUUCCCCAUGCAAACCAGGAAGUGACCUCUCCAGACAAUGGAACACUUCUUUUCCUGAUUCUGCAGCUGCAAUCUGCUGGGUGACAUGAUUGUGUAUGUGUACUCUGUCCGGUUGCCUCCCUCUGUGUGGCCCUGGGCACUGGCAACCCACGCUAUGCCAAUGAGACUGAGUGAGUGUUGGGUGGAUGGAGUGAGAUUGUGUGAAUGGAAGUAGAAGAAGAGAGAAAGACUGGAUGGAUGUGCAUGUGAAUAAGUGUGGGAGAAGGGAGUGAGGGGGCUGAGCCUUAUUAGAUGUUGGACAAGUCUUUUUAAAGUUUUAAUAUGUACGUAAACAUUCAUUCUUGCCCAUCCAUUGUGGGUGGGACAGAAUGGGCAAUCCACAUACAGCGGACACAGAAAAUCUUAUAUGCCCUGACAGCAAAAACUCGGGUUUGUUUUUUCCCCUUCUAAAAAUUUAUCUAAACUUGCAUCUUUACAUAUAAAUUAGCACCUGCAAAACAUAUGCAGAUUGGUGUCAUGGCCGGGGGGAGGGGAAAUUUUGAUUAAAUUUGCACGGAUAGUUGAACCUACCUAAUAGUGCUUUCCAAAAUAAUUUUCAAACAAAAUGCAGUCCUUCAAAAUGUAUACUUCUGUGAAUUUGGCAGUGCAGUUCUCUAGCCAAGUGAAGUGUAAAAAAAUGCAUAUACAGAAAUGCACACAUUAGUAAACAUAUUUUUAUUAUUACAUUAUUAUAGCAUAAUAUUGUAACAUUAUUAAUAAUAAUAAUGAAAUAAUAAUACACAAAUGCUUUAUAUUAAGGAAGACUGGAGGCAAACAAGUGUGUAUUGGGAUAAAUUUGCACUGUAAUACUGAUGAAUUGAAUUUAUUGAAUUUUCAUGAGGACUUUAAAAACAGAACAUUCACAAACUAAUUAGAGAUGUAGAGAACUGAACUGAAUACUGGAAAAAUAAGAAAAAUAAGAAAUAAGUGUUCCAUAUAUGUAUGAGGAACCAACUUUCGGAACAGUGUUUGGUUCUGUGUAAAUAAGUGUGUGUGUUUGUGUAUGUUAAGGAAUUAAGGGAACCCUACAAGCAGGGUUUCUCAAUGAUAUGCAAUCUGAAAAGGCCUGGUUUGUUGCUGUCAAGAUACCCCUUGGUUGGGGCUCCGAAAGAGACUGUCUGGCAAAAUGCUUUUUAGGUUUCGUUUUCUGGCAGGAAGGAAACUAAAGAAAACACUGGUGGAACCAGGGAUUUUCACCAAGCUGGGUUGAAGAAGGAGCUGAACAGUGGCAACAGCAGUGGCAUUCUUGUCUAGAAGAACUAAACGGAGACAGUUUUUCCAUAGACCAGCCCUCAAAACUGUGGCCACAUGGAACUUCGGGAUUAUCAGUGGGAAGUCAUUGAUCCUGCCUUAGAGGGCAAAAAUAUCAUAAUUUGGCUGCCAACGGGUUCCGGAAAGACUCGGGCAGCUGUGUAUGUGUGUAAGAGGCACAUGGAGAGCAUACAGAAGAGCAAGGUGGCUGUGUUAGUCAACACGGUGCCUCUAGUGGACCAACACCUGAAGAAUGAGUUUAGCGUCUUGCAGAAUUGCUUCAACAUUACAGCCAUCAGUGGCGACAGCAACCAGAAGCUGUUCUUCUCAGAAGUGUUGAAGAUGAGUGACUUAAUAAUCUGCACAGCACAGAUCCUUCAAAAUGCCCUUAUCAGCCAAGAGGAGGAGAUGCACGUGGACCUGACAGAUUUCACCUUGUUGGUGAUUGACGAGUGCCAUCACACCCACAAAGGAACCGCCUACAACAAGAUAAUGGAGGGCUACCUAGAACGAAAGCUGAAGGGCGAGAAGAAUUUACCACAGAUCCUGGGGCUUACAGCCUCGCUAGGUACGGGUGGUGCCAGCUCCCUGGAGGGAGCUCGGGAACACAUUCUGCAGAUCUGUGCCAACCUGGACACUGAGAGAAUCAUGUCUUCUGAUAAACACAAGUUCUACGUUGAUACUUACGGCCCACAACCCAAGAAACAGUAUAACCUGUCCCAACAAAGGCCUGAGGACCCCUUUGCAGAACAACUGAUGGAGAUAAUGGCACAGAUAUAUAGUUACCUGAAUGAGCCUGACUUGACUAUGGAUUUUGGUACCCAGAUCUUCGAGCAGCAAAUUGUGGUGCUUGAGAAGGAAGGAGCAAAACGCUUUUGCCAAAAGACCCGAGUGUGUGCCUUCCACCUACGUAAAUACAAUGAUGCCCUGAUGGUCAACGACACUGUGCGCAUGAUUGACGCCUACAAAAUUCUGGAUGAGUUUUACCUGCUGGAAAAUGCUACUAAGGUGUUGCAGAACCCUGCUGAGCAGUACUUGGUCCGGCUCUUUGACAGCUACAAAGCACGCCUCUUGGCCAUUGCUCAAGACAAGGGCUUUGAGAAUCCCAAACUUGAUGAGCUGCAGAAAGUCCUCCAGAAUCAAUUCCAAGAACUGGCGAGCUCGCGGGGCAUUGUGUUCACCCGGACACGUCAGUGCGCUCAUUGCCUUCACCAAUGGGUACAGGAGAACCAGAACUUGCGUGAACUCGGGAUCAAGGCUGCUGUGUUGACCGGGGCUGGCUUCAGCAGUCAGACAAAACACAUGACCCAGCAACAGCAGAAAGAAGUCAUCUAUCAAUUCCGCAAAGGGACCCUCAACCUGCUCUUCUCCACCAGCGUGGCUGAAGAGGGGCUGGACAUCCCCGAGUGUAAUAUCGUCGUUCGCUAUGGACUGAUGACGAAUGAGAUUGCCAUGAUGCAGGCCAGGGGACGUGCCCGUGCCCCAGACAGCACCUGCUGUGUUUUGGCCAAGGCCAACAGCAAGGAAGUCGCCCGUGAGAAGCUCAAUGAGACCCUAGAGGUCCUGAUGGAGAAAGCGAUUGUGUGGGUGCAGCAGCUGCAGCUGCAACAGCCUCAACAAGAAUACCGCCUAAAGAUUGAAAAGCUUCAGCGUGACGCUGUUGUCAGCCGCAGGGUGCGGGAUGCUGAACGCGAGCAACAACGCCGCCUGCACGAUCCAGACUCUGUGCUCUUCUACUGCAUCAACUGCAAUGUGGCAGCCUGCUAUGCCAGCGACCUGCGCCUAAUAGAGAAUAUGCACCGCAUAAACAUCAACCCCGACUUCAGGUGAGUAAAGUCCGUACUACAGAGCAUCACAUAGCCAUGUGAUGAUUCCUCGCGAGUUUAGGGACUGGAAGCCAGGCAGCUCCAUCAGCUGCAGUAAUUGUGGGCAGG